CCCCGAACGUCCUCACAUCUUUCUCUAUCAGCUAGAAUACCUUGCGUUUGCCUCAAGAGACAUCGGAAACCGUCACAAUGUCUCAAUUCAGAGCCAAGCGCCUCGAUCUCGGCUGUUUCAUAAACGCCCGAGUGAUCCGCGACCACACCAAGCGAAAAGUCUACGAGCAGUUUGAACCUGAGAGACAGGCCCUCCGUUACGCGAUCCGAAAUACAUCCCUCCCUCAACGAGUGCGCGCACAGGCACAACUCCAACUCGCGCAGAUGCACGCCUAUACUCGCUCAACGCAGAUUAAGAAUCGAUGUGUCGCAGGCGGGAUUGCGAGGGGUGUCUUUAGAGAUUUUAGACUUGCGAGGUAUCAAUUCCGUCAACAGGCUUUGGCGGGUGAAUUACCGGGUGUUAAGAAAGCGUCGUGGUAAGGAGAAAAGGAGUGUUAGAUAUGGAAAGGCUUCUACCACUUAUGUGAUGAGUAUGGUGGUAUAGAUCGAUUAGCAUUGUUUGAUAUGGAUGGUUCAUACUUGGAGUUGGAUGAUUUAUUCUUUUCUUUGACAAGAUGUAUAUUGUAUUUGAAUCUGUUUCAAUAUUAUUCUUUGUUCUCUGACUAUUAUGUUUGGGGUCUGUGAGAUCCAAGAUGUGUGAACAUAUAUCUAUCAGAUGAUAUCUUGGAUGAAGAUGAUCUAGAUAUGAGAUCUAUCUGAAUAUCAAUGUCAAGUGCGUUUACUCUAAAGC